AUGUCAAUAAAUAAAUCGGCUAUUAAUCACCAUUAUAUCAAAGAUAUUAAUGAAGUUCGACCUGGUUUUGGUCAUCAAACAUUUGGUCGUCUACUUAAAAAACGUCUUAUCAAGGAUACUGAUGAAAAUCUUGUAUUUUCAAUAAUGUAUAAUAAUCAUCGAAGCGAAGUUCAUUUGAUGGCACCAAAUAAACGUGUUAGAGAUUUAUGGAUAACAGGUUUACAAAGUUUAAUUGAUCGACAUGCACGAAAAAGUCAACGUGAUUUAAUUCAUGAAGAAAAUUGGAUUUUAAAUUAUUUUCGUGCGGCUGAUAAAGAUAAAUCAAAUUCAUUAUCAAAACGUGAAUGUCGAAAAUUAUUAACUGAAUCUCUUAAUGUUAAAGUACCUGAUGAUAUAUUUGAAAGACUUUUUGAAAAAGCAGACAAAAGUCAAGAAGGUUUACUAAGUCCUGAAGAAUUUUGUGAUUUUUUUCAUUUAUUAGCUCAACGUAAAGAUCUCUAUGAAAUCAUGAAAAAAUAUACUAAAAAUGGACAUACACAAUCAAUGGAUACGAUUCAUAUGAAUGUAAAUGAAUUAUUAUCAUUUUUACGAACAGUUCAAAAUCAAAAAUUAUUAAUAAAUAUUACAACUGAUAAUGGUCAAAAUAAAAUUAUAUCUAAAAUCGAAAAACCAGAACAAGUAAAAAAAUUAAUUGAUGAAUUCGAAUUGGAUAAGGAAUUUAGAGAUAAAAGCCAAUUAGGUCUUGAUGGCUUUCGAAAUAUGUUAUUAUCCAAUGAUUUUGAUAUAGUAAAACCAUUAUGUUCUCGUCAGAUAUAUCAAAAUAUGACAAGACCAUUAUGUGAUUACUAUAUUAAUACUUCACAUAAUACUUAUUUAUUCUACAGUCAAUUAUCUGGUGAUAGUAAUCCAGAAGCUUAUAAUCGAGCAUUAUUAGCUGGUUGUCGAGCUGUUGAACUUGACUGUUAUGAUGGUCAUAAUGGUAAACCAAUAGUUACUCAUGGAUUUACACUUGUAAAACCAUGUUCAUUCGAAUCAAUUAUUCGUUAUAUGGAACCAAAUCUUUUUAAAAAAUCACCAUAUCCAGUUAUUUUAAAUAUAGAAAAUCAUUGUUCAAUAGAACAACAAAAAGAAAUGGCUCGAAUAUUACGAGAAAUUCUUGGUGAUCGAUUGGUUACAGGACCAUUACCUAAUAAAGAUUCAAAAGUUUUACCAUCACCUGAAGAUUUAAAAUACAAAGUUCUUAUUCGUAGUAGAAAAAGUACAAAAACAGCAAAACGAAAUUCAACAACACCAUUAGAAGAUGAUGAUGAUGUAUUUUCUGAACUAUUAAGUAAUAAUGUUCAACAUGAUCCAUCUGAAUUAUUUGUUUAUUUACAAAAUGUUUCAUAUUGUGACAAUGAUUAUGCUAAAACUCACUAUUCACCAUGGCAUUCAUCAUCAUUAGUUGAAAAUCGUUUUGAAAAAAUUACUCGUGAUAAUCCAUCUAGUUUAAUUUUACAAACAACAUGGCGUAUUAUUCGAACUUAUCCCGCUGGUUUUAGACAUGAUUCUAGUAAUGCUGAUCCAGUAAAUGCUUGGAAUUAUGGUAUACAAAUGGCUGCUUUAAAUUAUCAAAAUAAAGAUGAUGUUAUGCCAUUAUGCUAUGGAAAAUUUCUUGAUAAUGGUGGUUGUGGUUAUAUUCUCAAACCAAAAUAUUUAAUUAAUGCAUAUGAAACACAUUAUGAUCCAUUAAAUCCUAAACUUAAUCUUGAUUUUCCUCAAAUUUUAACACUAACAAUAAUAAGUGCACAAUUUUUAUCUCGAUCAAAUUUAACAACAUUAGAUAUACCAGAUCCAUAUGUACGUAUAUCGAUACAUGGUUUACCUUGUGAUCAACAAACACAAAAAACAAAAGUUAUUUCAAAUAACGGUUUAGAUCCAAUAUGGAAUGAAAAAUUCUCCUUUAGAAUAAAAUAUCCAAAAAUGGCACUUGUAUAUUUUUCUGUUUAUGAUUACGAUGCAUUUACACCUGAUGAUAAACUUGCACAUUUUUGUUUACCAUUAACAAUGAUGCAAACAGGCUAUCGUCAUAUUCAUUUACGAGCUAAUAACAAUGAUCCAACUCAUUCAACUUUAUUCGUUCACGUUGAUAUUGAAGACGAUGAUGACAAUAUUCUUUGUACACGAUUGUAA